AUAUUAAAUUGAUUUCUUGUAGGAUUUAGGAAGGAUUAAAGCGAAGAUUGACACAGACAGCCCACGUAUUUCCACGAUGAACUCGACACAAUUUCCCCCAUCUAACGCCACCAUCAGCAUAUACGACGCAGAGCAGGGUCCAGCAGUCUGGGCUAUAGAUAUAGGACUCGGUGCACUUUUCUCACUUUGUCUGCUGCAAGCGCUGCUAGGUAACGCUGUCAUUCUGUUCCUCCUGACACGAUACAGACCCUAUAUCAGUGCGAACGCGUUCACUGUACUGGCAGUGACACUGAGCAUUAGUGAUAUCCUGAUGGUACUGCUUUCUGGGAUACCUAAUGUUAUCACUUUGUUACAAAUGAGGAAUGGCAUGGACCAGCGCUUCUGUGACGUGUCCGGGUUUGCUCUGAACUUCAAUAACAGGCUCAACUCUUUUAUCACCACAUGUAUCUGUUUAGUCAGGUGUUUAGUGGUAGUUAUGCCGAUUAAAGCUCGGAUACUCCUCAACAAGCGAGCCCUCUCCACCAUGGUGUGCGGCUGUGUCUUAAUGGCAGCCUUCUACUCCUCCCUCCCUUUCCUCUUCAGUCAACUAACUAAUGGAUCAAUUACCCGAUACGGAUACCACAAGUGGAUUGGGUUCUGCAUGUUCUUCGUGUACUUUCAAGAUAACUACUCGCUAAAACUAGUCUCCACCCUACUGAUCGAGGCAGUCUUCUUCGCUCCCUUCCUAGUGGCAAUAUUCACUGCCUCCAUUCUACUGUACACCCUCAAACGUAGGAAUAAGUAUAUCGGUCUUGAAGCUAAGAAUGAGACUAAGAGAUCAGCCGUGGUGGUGAUAAUACGGGUCACCAUUCUCACGCUCAUUUGUGUGACACCUCAGCUCGCUUUUUCUAUCUACACCAAAUGUAACUGGGCGUAUAACUUAAACUGGUUCAGCUUGAGAUCGGAAAUGUACCUCAACUACAUGUUUGGACAGCAACUUAUCAUAUACCUCCGUGCCUCAAUUAACCCCUUUAUCAUCGAUAUGCCAGCUUACUUGAAACGAGGCAAAGAAAUGAGGAAGAACGUUAUAGCACAAAAGGAGCACCGAAAACUGUCAACCACAACCAAUCUGAACUGCCACAGUAAGAUAAUUUACAGAGCAAGACCGAGCACUGGGGGACCAGGGACGUCAUACGGCCACUCCGGAACCAACACCCCUCUCAACACGCCGCGCAGUACUGUAGCUUCUGCAGGUGCAUUGGCCGGCUCUCCUCGACUCAAUGAUAAUUAUGACGAAAGUGUUCAUAUGAUGAUUACUAUUCAAACACGCGGACUCUCACCAACAGUGAGGACUCCGGACAGUUUAGACGCUCGGGUACAAAAGUCUGAUCGCGGUUCCGCAACACGGGUGACCUUAUCUGCUGAUAUACCGGACAAUUUUUAUGUGGACGCCUCUCCUAGGAGGAAACACAGAAAUAACGGCAACGCGAAGAAUAAGGAAAAUGUGCCAGAUGAUAGGGCGAUGGAGUGUGAUGGAGUGAAAAACGGGGAGCAAAGAGAGCAGACCGGGGAAACUCGGGAAAAAAGAUAAGGAGAUCAGCAACAGAUUGUUGCUUACGACGUGGAAAGGUGCUCAACAGGACUAAGAGUGCUAAUUGGAGCCAGAAGUUUUUAAUAGGACAUAAUGAUAAUGACAUUUAAGAACAAAUAAGUAGAAUAUUUUAGAAAACUUUUCUACAAACCAACAAAAAUAUACAUAUAAUGAUUAAACUUUUGUACAUUUAACGAUUGUCUCAAAUAUGCGAGUAUUCUAGGUCAAUAUUAUUCUAUGUUUCGAAUUAGGAUGUUUGAACCAUAUUUGUUGUAGCUGAUUU